CAAUGCGCUGCGAUGCAAAGCAUUUCAAUUUCCAGGGAUAAUGUCUCGCCUUUCUAGUUCUCCUUCCCCUCUUCCAGACCUAAACAUAGACCCUAACUCCAACCUUAACGUGGACCUGGUCCCGGAAUCCCAAGAUUACAAUCCCCUCCAACCAUCGCACACCACGUUUUCCGUCUCUGUCAACCCCAAGUGUGUGUCCAGCUCCGGCUGCGAUUUCUGUUCGGAUUCGGAUUCCAAUUUCCAUGCUUAUCCUCUCGAGCCACACUAUCCCUUCAGUCAUGGUGAUCACGAGUUUCAUUUGGGCGGUCUAGAUGUGGUAACGCAGUACAUGGAUGAUUUGGAUUCUUGGGGUCUUGAAGAUAACAACAACUUGGAUGCUCUCUCGAGCUAUAUGGAGUUAGGAUCUGGGUUUGGGGUUGAAUUAGGCAGGGAUGAAGUUCGCGCCGAUGGGCUUCGGGUUACCGGGAUUGACCCGGAGUUGGAGUCUGGUUCUGACCUCGAGAUUGUUGAAAUGGGUGCUGGUGGUGAUGAACCGGGCUCUCCUAGAUUAUGGGAUAGUUUUAUUGAUAAUCAGAUGGGAUUGGCCAAUCCUAAUGAGGAAUUUGAAUGGGAGGAAUUGGACCAAGCAAUCAAUGAAAGUGAAAAUCUGAUUAUGGCGUGUGAUAGAGUCGAGGAAUUAUCGCUAUCAUCAUCCAGUAUUUCAGUCGCAACAGAAGAUGGGGAGCUAACGGAAGAUGAGGAAAUGAAUAUUGAGUGGGAACUUUCAAUGGCCAUUAACAAUCAUAAUUUUUCAAUUGAGGAUUCUUAUAUGUUUGAUGUUGAUGAUGAUCAUACAUUUUUGGAACAAUUGGUGGAUAGUGACAUUCAUGAGAGGGGAAGUCCACCAGCUGCAAAAAGAGCUGUUGAAAACCUUCCUCUGGUAUGCUUGGGAAAGGAGGAUUUUGUGGUUUGUGCUAUUUGCAAGGAUGAGGUGAAGGAGGGGGAGAUGGUAAAUAAGUUGCCUUGUUGCCAUUAUUAUCAUGGAGAGUGUAUUGUGCCUUGGUUGAGGAUAAAGAAUACUUGUCCUGUUUGUCGACAUGAGUUGCCCACUGAUGAUCAGGACAAUGAGAGCAGGAACAGUAGGAGAAGGAGACUGAGAGGUGCAGGUGGGAUUUCCAUCGAUUCAACAGAGGGGUAGAAGUUUGAAAUGUUUGCUUAUUUUAGGAUUUGAAACUUUGUGAAUAGUGUUUCCUUUCAGUUCAUAUUAAUCUAUGUAUAGGUUAUAUAUUUAUAAUGCAUUCAAUGUUUGCUAGAAUGCAUUCCGUUGACUGAAUUAUCUUUAAGCUGAGUUAUAUUGAUAAUUGCAUAUGCAAAUUGUACAUAUAUUAAGUGCAUUCCAUAAAGACUGUUCCAUUUUGAGUCUUUUUUUUAA